AUGCAUCGUCGUCUGUUCCUCUCGCUCGUCCUGGUUCUGGUCACCCUUGCCGCCCUCGCCUCUCUCGCUCUGCCCUGUGCCGCUGUCUCGGGCGUGUGCGCGGCUUGUGGCCCUGUGGCCCUCCCGCUGUGCGACUGCGAUGUCGGCUUUACUUGCGUCUCGCCUGCUGGCCAUCCGCUGCCGGGUUAUCCCUCCUGCUCCCGGACUCCUGCGGGAUAUCUUUCACCGGUGGCUGGCGAUCGUGUGCCGCCGCUGCCGUGCCCGUCGGGCAAGUUCUGUCCCUUUGGCCUUCCCAUCCCUGUCGACUGCCCCGUCGGUGCCGUCUGCUCCUCCUCCCGCGCUUAUCGCAUUCUCCCACUGGCGCUCGCGCUGGCCGCUGCCAUCACCCUCUUCCUUCUACCAAGCCUGGUUGGGUGUGCUUGCGAAUCCGACGGUUCUGAUGAUGUCUGUGCCGAGCUCGUCGACGAAGAUGACGCCCUCGAGUCUGGCUCCCCAACCAUUGGGGUCGAGAUGGUCGACGUGGUCGUCCGGGCUGGUGGCAAGACGCUGCUGCACAAGGUGAGCGGCACUAUUGCUGCCGGCGCCAUGGUGGCGGUGAUGGGACCGUCAGGCGCCGGCAAGACGACACUGCUCAGGGUCCUCCGCGGAGCAGUGGGCGUCGCGUCGGGCGCGAUCCGGGUCAACGGCCUCGCCACCUCGCUCUCGCGCUUCCGCCAAACCGUCGGCUUUGUGCCGCAAGACGACGAGUCGCUCGACGCUCUGCUUACGCCGCGGCAGCUUUUGAUGGUUGCCUCGCUACUGCGGUUUCCGGUCCUCACACGGCCGGGAGCGCAUGCUCGCCACGCCGACGCCAUCAUUGCCGAAAUGAUGCUUCAGCACGUGGCAGGAGUGCCCAUCGGCUCGGCCACCGAUCCACCUUCGCAGCGAACACUGUCGGGUGGUGAGCGCCGCCGGGUCAACGUUGCUCUCGAGCUUGUCACUCGGCCCGCAAUCGUUCUCCUCGACGAGCCGACGUCCGGGCUGGACACCUUUGCCGCCUCGCAGGCCAUCGGAUGUCUCAAGGCCGCGUCGUCCGCUCGCGGAACUACGGUGGUGGCCUCGAUCCACCAGCCGUCAUCUGACUUGUUCAACACUUUUGACACGCUGGUCGUCCUCGCCGCCGGCGGUACCGUCGCCUACUGGGGCUCGGUCUCCGGCGCUUUGGGCUACUUUGGUGUCGACACACCCGACGCGCUUCUUGAUGUUGUGGCUCAAGAUCCACAAACCGUGACCACUCGCUGGGCUACGCGGGCCAACAGCAGCUCGUCCGAUGAUGGCGGUGAUGAGCGCGGCGGCGGCGUGGCCGUCGCCGGUCUCUCCGCCAUCUCGACACGGCCCAAUCUGGUAUGGCAGGCCGGAGUCCAGAUGGGCCGGGUGGCACUGAGAUGGGCCAACGGCACCACCACGCUUGCCCUCCUCUGUAUCAUGUUUGCCUGCUCCGGUGCCUUCCUUGGCCUUGCAUUCAUGGAGCCCAAGUACGUGCUGCCACCGCCGGCAUCGAUGGUGGACGACUGUCCGGUUGGCGCGGCGCAGAUGACCGACGGACAGAACUGGAACCAGCCAUGCUCGUCGAACUGGCCGACGAGCGAGACGCAGGGUCUCUAUGCCCUCUACUCGGUCAUGGUUCUCGGCAUUCUGGGCACCGCCUAUGCAGUCUCGUCGUUUGGCCAGCACAUGCCGGUCUACUGGCGCGAGGCUGCAUCGGGCUCGUCGCAGCUCGCCUACUUUGUGGCCAACAACGCCAUCGACACGGGCCUCGCCGCUGCCUUUGCCUUUUUCUUCCUCGCAGCCUACGCCGCAGUCGCCGACCCAUGGGGCGCGUUCGGCACCUACUUUGCGCUCACCUUUAUGAUGCUUUGGACAAACUUUGGCCUGGGCUAUCUCACCUCGUUUGUCCUCGCCCGCUCCAACGCCGCCGUCACCUCGGUCCUCUGUGCCAUGGUCAUGGGCGUUUUCUCUGGCAUGGCCUUCCAGCGGACGCCGACGUACUCGUUCUUCUACUCGGAAGCCAUCUGGCGCGCCGAGGCCUCACUCGUCAUCCACAACGCGCACCCGUCGGACUUGUACUGGAUCUCGGUCUAUGCCUCUAACAACUACGGCUACCAUAUCGACGCCGGCGUGACUGCCAACGCGCUCAAGUGGAUGGCCUUGUACGGCGGUGGCCUACGGCUGCUCGCCUUCUUCUGUAUGAUUUUCCGCCAUCGCUCCAAACAGCGGUAGCGUUAGCUCGAGCUUCAAGCCUGGCUCACUAGCGCAAACCAGGUUAGGAGCCGGGUGACCAUGCCGAGGCCGACGAGCGCGACAACGUCGAGGACGUAUGCGUCGAGCCGGAACCCGUACUCGGUAGCAAACCGCUUCACGCUCUCGACAAACGCGCCAUCCGGCUCGUCAAGGUACACCUGGGCCUCCAGCCCGAUGAGCGCCUCGACAACGUACCGCGAGAACGAGACAUCCCAAAACACCACCAGCGCCGAGUACGAGUCAGCCACGUGUCGGUACUUGGGCGCGAUACCAGAGAGGAUGGCUGCCGCAAAGGUCGACGAAAUGCCGACGACCAGCGCUGUCGAUGGUGAAGCCACCACAGAGAGCAGGUACCCGAGUCCGUAGACCGUAAACUCGAUGCAGAAG